AUGCAUAAUGGAAAGACUAAUAUCUCAAGUGUUUAUAAAGUGUUUGGUUCAAAUAACCACCAAAUGUUUACAUUUAUUUCAGGUAUGUUUACUGUCUCUGAUGUUUCAACUUUGGAAAGCAAGCAACCAGCUUUCCGGAUCUUCAAACCAUGGUGGGACACAUUCAUGGAUUAUCUUACCAUCAUUAUGUUGUUGCUGGCUAUAUUUGGCUGCAGCAUACAGCUGUACAUGGAUGAUACUUUAUGCUUGCCGUACAUCAAUGCAGUUGAUGGGAAGCCAACUGUGAUAAAAUCAAACCAGCAAAAUAUUCCAGAAAUAUCGCAUGCCAUUGCUAAUCCACAAUCAGUGUCAAUCUUGGCUCCUCGACUCAAUCAAGGAAAAGUAACAAAAUUACACAACUGGCAAUAUUACUACAUCAAUCAAGUGUGUCACAGUCAGAUUCCUUGGUUUACCAGAUUUUUCUCUUACUUAAUUUUAUUCCAUACAGUUGGCUUGAUUAUCUGCAGUAAUUUCUGUUUCACAUAUCCUAAAACAAGCUCCAAACUGCAACAAUUUCUUGACAUCCUCUAUAAAUGUCUGCAGUCACCAUGGACUUCCAAAGCCCUGUCCACAGCUGUCAUUGUUGAUAGCAGUGAAGUGGAAAGGGUGUUGGAACCUCCCAAGGCCACUGAAAGUGAUGAUGAUGACCUUAAUGUUAAAACUGAUGCAUUAGCCAUUAAAACUGAUGCAUCAGCCAUUAAAGCUCCAUCACACAUUCAGUCAAGCACAAUGGAAGCUGAUUCAUCUCUGGACAAGAAGGAUGCAGAGCAAGCCAAAGCUUUGUUUGAAAAAGUAAGGAAAUUUAAACUCCAUGUGGAAGAGAGAGAUACCAUCUAUAAAUUAUAUGCUGGGCAAACAUUGUUCAAAACUAUACAUUGUGUGAUUAUUAUGGGUUACUUUCCAGUCUUUAUUUAUGUUGUUGAGUUUUACAAUAUUUGUGAGCCUAAUGCCAUAUCACUGGUUGUUUACAAGCGCUUCAGAUGUACUUAUACUACUGCUCGUUUCAUUGGAAAAUUGUCUCUCUUAUAUCUGGGUUUAAUAGUUAUCUAUUGGAUACUCUGCAUCCAUACAUUAAUUUGGGUUUUCAGAAAACCGCUGAAGCAAUAUUCUUUUGAGAAACGGGGUGAAGACCAAUUCAGUGAUAUCCCUGAUGUAACAAAUGAUUUUGCCUUCUUGCUGCAUCUACUUGAUCAGUACGAUACUCUGUUCUGCAAACGGCUUACAGUUUUCCUCUCGGAAGUGAGUGAGGAAAAGUUAAAACUGUUAAGUUUGAACAAUGAUUGGACUGUGGAGAAAGUGAAAAAGCAUUUAACAAAAACUAAGAAGGACCAAUAUGAGUUAUAUCUCUUCAUGUUAUCAGGAAUUCCUGACGCUGUCUAUGAUGUUAGUGACAUACAGAUCUUAAAGCUGGAACUUUGUAGUAAUGUUAAAAUUUCCAACAAAAUUACUCAACUCAGCCAGUUGGAGGAAGUCUGGCUCUCUCACUGUGUAACUGAAAUUACACCAUCUGCUUUGAUGUGGUUGAGAAACCAACUCAAGAAAGUGGGAAUUAAAUAUGUAAGUCGUGAUGAGAUACCUGAAUGGAUCUAUAAACUGGUACAGCUGAAAGAACUGUAUCUUACUGGAAAGCUAGCAAUAGAAAAGAAGGCUGUAGAAUUGGAUUCAAUGAAAGGACUUCGCUCCUUGAAAGUUCUUUACUUAAAAUCAAGUCUCUCUAAAAUACCCUCCACUAUCAUUGAUGUGGCAUUCCACUUGCUCAAGCUUUGCAUUCACAAUGAUAAGACCAAGCUCUUGAGCUUAAGUAUCUUAAAGAAAAUGGUCAAUCUGACCCAAAUUGAACUGCACAACUGUGAAUUGGACAAAAUCCCAACAGCCAUUUAUACCUUAUCCAAACUUCAAGUUUUGGACCUUAAAGGUAACAAUCUUACUAAAAUUGAAGAUAUUUCUAAUCUGCAAUACCUAGAUAAAUUAAACUCUUUGAAGUUCUUGUUCAACAUGAUUAAAGUCAUCCCGCCAACAAUUAAUCUGAUCAAGAAGCUCGAGUAUCUAUAUCUGUCACACAACCAGAUUGAGGUUUUGCCCAAAGCCCUUUUCAAUAUUGACAAACUGUAUUAUCUUGAUGCACAAAACAACAACAUUUCUGUAAUUCCAUCUGACAUUGGAAAUCUCAAAAACCUCUACUUUUUGAAUUUGGGUCACAAUAGAAUUGAGAACCUACCGGAUCACCUGUUCAAAUGUACCAAACUCAUGACUCUGAAGCUAAGUAAUAACUUAAUCUCAGUGCUCAGUGCAAAGAUCUCAAAGCUCACGCAACUAUCCCAGUUGGAAGUCCAAGGAAAUCACUUGGAAAAACUCCCAAUUGAAAUAGGACAGUGCCCUAUGUUGAAAGCAAGUGGACUUGUCGUAGAACAAUAUGUUUUUGAGUCACUUCCUUCAGAAAUACGAGAGAAGAUGGGCGGAAGUUAA